AUGACCCAGUUUCCACGGUAUCCACUGGGCCUGUACAACCAGCCCUACAGUGACGGCGGAUACUACCCCGCGAACAACACGCCACCACAACCUGCACAGCUUCCAGACCAGUACUCUGUGCCAUCAUGGCCGGCCCCAACACCAGCGCCGGCCCCGCCGCCAGUGCCAGCGCCGCGCCCACGAGCAAGCUUACCGCUGCAGCACCGCGCCUCGGAGCCUUCGCUCACCGCGUCCAUGUCCUCGCUCGACCUGAGGAACAAGCCCCUCCCGCCCGUGCCAAUAACGCCCAUGCCGGCCAUGGCGAUGGCCAGCGGCAGCGGCAGCUUGCGCCGGCCAUCGCAGCCCCCGCCGCUGCCUGAGAGGCCACCACCGCCGCCAUACUCGGCCCUCCCGACCAACACGAUCACGCAGGCGAUCCACGGCGUGCCCGCGCCGCCGCCUAUCCCGCCCAGACCGAGAGAAAAGGCAGAGUACACCCCUCCUGCCGCGGCCUUCGGCGACUUCCCACCCGUCCCAGCGCCGUCGUCCAGGCUCACUGGGACGGUGGCGAGCUCGACUGGCGCCUCGUCGUCGUCCCAUGCCUCAACUGCCUCUGGGUCGUCCCACGCCUCCACUGCCGCGUCGUCGACCUCGUCCCUGCCUCCCCCACCGGCCACCGCAAAACCCACCUCCCCCUCCAAGCCCAACCCCGCACUCAAACAGGCCAGACUCCACUUCAAGCCACGGUUAUCCCACCCCUCCGCCAGCAGCCAGAACCUGUCCUCCCAGGCCAAGGCAACAACGCCAAAGGGCAAGGGCAAGAAACCCGCCGUGAUCGACCUCACGGGCUCCGACGACGACUCGUACUCGCCCUCCGAGUCGGGCUCUGACCACCGGCUCGCGCCGCCACAAACGCGGCACCAGCGCGCGCACUCCCAGCCCCCCUCUUCGCCAGCAGCGCCGCACACGCCCGCGCCAAAGGGGAAGAAGGCCGCCCCGCGCCUCUCCAAGCCGUCCACGCCGCCAGACGCGGUCCGCUGCUCGGGCUUCACGCGGUCCGGGCAGCCGUGCAAGCGCGUAGUCAAGACCGCCGCGCCGUUCUUAGCUGGCCGGUCCGACUCGGACGACGAGGACGCCGAGCGCACGGGAAGGUACUGCAAGGACCAUGCGGGCCUCGUGUGCGCCGUGGACGGGUUCUACUGGCGCGACCGCAAGGGCCGGUCGGGCGUCUGGAUCGAGUUCAAGGACUACAUCCCCGCCGAUCUGGGACAGCAGACGCAGACGCUGCUGCGUAUGACGAUGGAGAGCGCCUUGACGGCCAAGGAGCUGCCCGGCUUUCUGUACGCUUACGAGCUGCGCGCAAAGGGCGGCAAGGGCACGGCGUUCUUCAAGGUCGGGCGGACGGACAACGUGCCGCGCAGGAUAGGCCAGUGGACCCAGCAGUGCCAGUCACACACGCCGACGCUGCGCGACAUCUUCCCCCUCUCCGGGGCCGCGCUCAAGCGCCGCCCGUCGGGCCCAGGCUCGCUCCUCCCCGGCGCGGUCAAGGGCGGCGUGCAGACCGCGCGCAUGGUCCCGGCCGUCAAGCGCUGGGAGCGGCUGGUGCACCUCGAGCUGGCGGACCGGAGUGCUUCACAGCGCGGCGACGAGUACGACGAGCUGCGCAAGCCGUGCGCCGACUGCGGCACGAUCCACAAGGAGAUCUUCCCGCUCGCUGACGACGGCAUUUCGACGUACGAACCCGUCGUGGUCGAGGUCAUUGAGCGUUGGGAGAAGUUUGUACGCCAGAUCUGCGCGAGCGCGUAGAGUUUAGAACAGAGGCAUUGGCCUCGGUGAAGGUCGCAUAGUUGUAUGUAUG